AUGAGAAAAUAUUCUGGAAGCAUUUAUUUGCAAAAUGAAUUUUUAAAAAAACAAAGUUCUUUCUUAGAACCAUUGUCUAUUACACAUUGUGAUAUACCAAUUCAAUAUUUUCCUAUCUCAAGUCUAGCUAAAAUAAUACUCGAGAAACAUCCAUAUCUAAUUGAUCGUAUUGAAAAUGAAGAAAAGCUGAAUUUUAUUUCAGAAUCGGAUCGACAAAAUCUCCCAACGAGUUUGAAUUUCAAAAACGAAUUGGACACAAUUGAUGAAUCCAUAUUCGAUCGUUUAAAAGGGCGUUUCCGGAUUGAAAUAUCAAUCGAUGAUUUUUCAUUUAAUGGCAAAUGUGGGCGAAAAUUCCUAGUCGGUUAUAUGACAUGUUCGAAUAUUGAAAUUGAAAAGCGAACCAAACGAGAUGACAUUCAAAUGUUUGUCAUGGCUAGAAGACCCAACGAAAAAAAAAUGAAUUUCAUGAAUAUUGUUCUUGAACCAUUUGUAAAAGAAAUGAUGCAUCUCGAAGAAAAAGGAAUUGAUAUUGAACAACAAAAAAAAGAUGGAACAAAAAUAAACAUCAAAGUUGGCAUCUCCAAAGUCAUCUGCGAUAAUUUGGCACAGAACGAAAUUCGCGAAUUCAAAAUGACCUUUGGUGUCGGUAGCUUAUGUGUUUAGAAAAAAAGAGAACGAUAUAAGAUGAAUAAUUUCGGACAUUCUUUAUUUGAUUAUUCAUUUAUAACAUACGAUUAUGAAAAACCCAGCAAAAAAAUCAUGGGAAAAUGAUUAUGGAUAGUAAGACCAUGCAUAUUAACGAAAUUGAAAGAAGUGAACAUCGGAAAUAUUAUGUCGCCAGAUUUAUUUCAUGAUUUAUACGGUAAUUCUUUUGUAAAUUUAUGUGUGUAA